UUAAUUAAUGCUGCAAGUAAAGAUGUGAAAGAAAUUUCUUUAUAUAAUGAAUUUGCUGAAAAUAAUAAUCCUAAAAAUUUUUAUAUUAUAAACAAUACUAAAGCUAAAAAUAAAGUUGUAAACGAAUUAUUAAAAACAAAUGAACAUAAAAAAAUUUUAUUAGAUGAAAAAUAUAAUCAUUUUGCUACACAAGAAUAUGUUAAUUAUUUGGAUAGAAAAAAAAUUUUUGAUCAUAUUGAUGAUGUAUGUAAAAAAAUUUCUGAAAUAUAUUGGGUAGAAAAUCUCGGUCGAUAUUAUGAAAGUGAAAAAGAAGCAAUUCAAGGUUGGAUGAAAUCAGAAAGGUAUAAAAGACAAAUUAUUAGUAAAGAUUAUAUUUAUUUUGGUGCUGCAUUAAAAAAUGAUACUUGA